AUGUCUUCAACCCAGGCUCCUAAAGCUCUCGCACCGCAAGUAGCCUGUGGCUAUCGCAUUAAUAUGCAAUAUCUCCGGGAUUUCUUGAAACGAUCCCCAGCGGAUGAGGUCGAACAAGGACUUGCAGUCCUGACAGUCAUUGGCUGGUGGCAAGACCUUCCACCCGACCAGCGUCGUAGUGUCCCACGACCCUACAAACUCGUCCCUAGAGAUAGCACUUCUCUGAACGACCACGACGUUAUUCUCGUCACGCGAGUCGAGGCUCUUAAAAAACCACAAGAUGUCAGGGAAAAGCUGCAGGAACUGGACGCAGACAGAGCCAAAUGCGCCAAGUUUAUUGAAGUCUUGUGCGCAGCGGAGGAGAAACAGGUUGACGAGUUUGACAGGAUGCAGAUAUCGUUCGAAAUGAAACGAUUGACACCAGAGCAAUUCAAGCAGCAGUUCACAUAA